AUGCGGCUGCAAUGUUCUGUGAUGUUGAAGACGUUUCAUCCGAAUGUGUCCAGAAGCCGUGUUAUUGAUGAGCCCUCAGAGGGGGAAACAGUUGUUGGGGAUAACAUUGCUUUUCCUUUUCCCUUUAUACAGCUGGAAGCCGAAGCCGUUCACCGGGCGAUCACUAUCGCUAAUAGGACCUUCUGCCCGGUCUACUUGGUGAACAUUUCCAGUAUGUCAGCAGGUGAUGUCAUUGCCUCUGCCAAAAUGCAAGGAAAAAUUGUCUACGGGGAGAUCACCACCGCCCACUCCACCCUGAACGGUAUCCACUACUACCACCAGGAUUGGUCACAUGCUGCAGCCUUCGUCACCGUCCCUCCACUCCGACUGGACCCCAACACCCCCAACUACCUCAUGAGCCUGCUGGCCAAUGACACGCUGAACGUGGUGUCCUCAGACCACAGAACGUUCACCACCAAACAGAAGGCCAUGGGCAAAGAGGACUUCACCAAGAUUCCACACGGAAUGGGCGGAGUUCAGGACCGCAUGAGUGUCAUAUGGGAGAAAGGCGUGGUGGGAGGUAAGAUGGACGAGAACAGAUUCGUAGCCGUGACCAGCUCCAACGCAGCCAAGAUCCACAACAUGUACCCGCGUAAAGGUCGCAUCAUCCCCGGUGCCGAUGCCGACAUUGUGGUGUGGGAUCCGGAGGCCGCCAGGACCAUCUCUGCCAGCACCCAGGUCCAGGCUGGAGAUUUCAACCCCUACGAGAACAUGCGAUGCCACGGAGUGCCACUGGUCACCAUUAGCCACGGCCGCGUGGUGUACGAGAACGGCGUCUUCAUGUGUGCCGAGGGAUCUGGCUGCUUCUUCCCGAUGAGGACCUACCCAGACUACCUGUAUAAGAAGAUGAUCCAGAAAGAA